AUGUUCACUUCUGAUUUAUAUUCUUUUGACAUUAACCUAGACGUGACAUCUGGCCAAGAUAACGAUGUCUCUAUUACUUUCUCUGCACCAUCGGCUGAUUCAAAUGAUCUGCUAGCUGUCCCUUUUUUCAGCAACCAGGAAAAUGCAAAGAACAUCGAGUCUGUACUGGACGAGUUUCAAGCACGUGACUUAAAUUUGAAAUUCGGAAGUGCUAUGGCAGACAUCUCAUCCUUCAACAACAAUGACAACAGCAUAUCAAAGAAUAUGCUAAAUAGGUCAACGACAAACAGCUCCGGAUCGACUAAAGUACAGGACAUAUCACCAGAAUCGUUGUCCGGAAACGAUAGCCCAUUGACCCCGUUGGCGAAGAGUAAUCUUUUCAAUUUUAACUGGAGCGACGAGCUGUUAAACGGUUCUGGGGUUAUCCAAAAUGAAAUCAAUGAAAUCACAAGCAACACAGAGACGAUAAAUUGUGCUACAUUGACUUCUACUGAGUUCCUCAACAAUUUUUUGAAGAAUGACUUAAAACUUCACGGAGAAGGUAUAUUUAGAUUGAACACUCCUAUAACGCCGCCGCUGGACGACGCGCAAGGGUUCGUUCAAUCCACCGAAAACAUUCUAUUGAAUGAUACAGAUAUAUUUGAAGACGUCACAGCAGAUAGCUCUUCAUUUAGCUCAUUGCUUAACAAUGCUAAAUUCAACAACACUAUACCUACUUCAAACUUGGAUUUCUUGAGGAAUGAUAGUCCAAUGAAUACUACUAGUAUCUUAUUGGAAAAUCUUCAAGAAUCUCCUGAACAGAGGCAUGAAAGAAGAAAGCCUGUUAAAAGAGAUUCAGUAGUAGACUUUUCUGAUAGCUCCAGCUCCGACCAAGGAAAACCAAAGAAAUGCAGUGAUGCUAGACUUUCAGCAGUUGGUUUGGCCAAAAAGCUAAAUCUAAGUUCACCUCAAGAAGCGCUGGAAAGAGAAAAGUAUAUAUUAUCCAUUUUUCAAAACGAGCUACACUAUCCAUUAGGUUACAAGACAUGGAUAAGAGAUACCGACAAAGAAACUAGGAAACAGCUCAUUGAGCAGUUACAUGAUAUCGUCAGAGUGAAAUAUCCUGAAUAUGAUAAAAACAUUCUUGAAACGAUAAUCAGGAGGGCGACUUACUCAAUGAUGCAAAGUCGGUUAAGAAGGGAAAGACGAGCAAAGACCAAGGGAAAAACAACCAUAUGA